GGCCAUGAGAUAAGAGGGGUCUCAACGAGCAUAAAAGGGGACCCUUGGCAGUGGAUCAGCAUCGUCGUUCAGGAUCUUCACUGCACAAUGUACGGACUCAUCUUCGCUCUGCUCGUGGGCACCGCUGCGGCGGCCCCGUACAUGUAUGAGGACCACAUCGUGGGUGGCUACGAGUGCGCUGCCCACUCGCAGCCGUGGCAGGUGUCCCUCAACAUCGGAUACCACUUCUGCGGAGGCUCCCUGAUCUCCAGCGAGUGGGUCGUGUCUGCCGCUCACUGCUACCAGACCGCGUCCCGCAUCUCCGUGCGCAUCGGCGAGCACAACAUCUUCGUGACCGAGGGCACCGAGCAGAGGAUCCAGGCCUCCAAGGCGAUCCGCCACCCCCAGUACAACUCGGCGAAAACUGACAACGACAUCAUGCUCAUCAAGCUGGCCUCGCCCGCUACCCUCAACCAGUACGCGCAGGCCGUCGCGCUGCCCUCCUCCUGCGUCGGCACCGGAGUCAUGUGCACCGUCUCCGGCUGGGGCGAGACCCAGACCAGCGUCGGCAGCCCCGAUGUCCUCAUGUGCGUCCAGGUGCCCGUGAUGAGUGAUACCUCCUGCAGGAACGCCUACCCUGGGUCCAUCACCGACAACAUGAUCUGCCUGGGAUACCAGGAGGGUGGCAAGGACUCCUGCCAGGGAGACUCCGGUGGCCCCGUCGUAUGCAAUGGCCAGCUGCAGGGCAUCGUUUCCUGGGGCCGCGGCUGCGCCCUGGCCAACUACCCCGGCGUGUACACCAAGGUGUGCAACUACAACUCCUGGAUCGCCAGCACCAUGGCUGCCAACUGAGCGACUCACUCGGAAGCCACCUUGCCGAGCAACAAGCACCGUGAUGAUUGUAAUGCCAUGAAACGAAUAAAACCAUAGAAAUGUU